GUUCUUGUUGUUGUUGUUGCCGAAGGUGUUGUUUUGAUCGGUAUCAGCGCGGAGGAAAGGAAAAUAAAUAAAAUUUUUGCAAUACAUUCCUCUGCUGUAUCGUGCGAAAUUAUUCCACGCUUUUGCAGGCUUUAUUGUGAAUCAAAUCAAACAUUUACUAUUUUUGUGAUUUUGUGCGUGAGUAGAAAUAUUGUUGGACAAAAAUGUCCCCAAGUGCGGAAUUCCCUUUGUUUAGAUAAGAGAGCGUACGCAGUGUGUUCCCCCGACAAGCUUCCCCUAAAAAUGCUAGCCUCAUUGGAUGCGGGCAAAAGUUAGCGCUGAGUAAGGCUGUUAUCAAUAGCUACGCAAUCUCAAUACAUUGGAUAUCGGAAAGUCACCCCCGAAAACUAAAGACACCUGCGAAAAAGAGGCAACCGACAACAUAUACGGCCAAUUGGUGUACGCUUGGUAUUGAUAAGGGAGUAGUCCCUCGGCUGAUUACGAAAUAAUAUUACUCAGUACAGUCCAGCGGAAAGCCUAAUCGUGGCGAUCGUGAUUCACGGCAGUUUACGUUCAGAUAUUCAACCAUAGUGUUGACGCUGAGUGAAAUCGUGCACGGUGAAGCACUGCAGCAACAAUGUUUCGUAAAAUAUGGAAAUCUAUUUCCUCCGUUUAUCUGCUGUACGAACUCAACACCUGCAUAUACAUGCUGGAUCCUUGGGAAAAGCGCUUUGUCAAUGCGUUCAUAUUUGCCAUUUUAGGGCUGCUGAUCUUCUCGAGCUACACGUUCCUGCCGGGAUACACGCGGAAAUUGGUUAACGCAUUCCUUCCUGCCCAUUCCGCCCUGUCCGAUCUCGACAUGGACCAUCAGCGAUCGAUGGAGUUCAACAUACACUGACGAUAGAGGGGAUGUGAUGCCAUCGGAGGACCCUUUGUGAUACCGCAAAUCAAGGGCCAAUGGAAGGAACAUUGAACGCACCGACGAACCUUGCCAAUGUGCAGAGCACAAACAAUCGGAGCACCGCUAACUAGACAAGCUUAACUCUAAUGUUACAAACAAAUUCGAUACAAUUGUAGUCAGAAGCUGUGUUAAUUUUGGUUUGAAUGCCCUUACUUUCGAUUGCUUUUGAGCGUUAGUUAGAAAUAGUGAUGCAAAAUCUUCUAUCAACGGUCUAGGACGAAUCGCAAGUAAAUUAUGAGUAAGAAAAUAGCUUUAAAAAAAAUCUACAUUUGAAAAAAAAUAAACGAAUUACAAUUAA